UUGCAGGGUAGUGAUUCAUUCGACGAGGUCGAAUUUCUACAAACUGUCCCCGGAGCAGGAGCUGAAGCUCAUCAAUACGACUCGGACGAUUCCUUCAAUGACGAGGUGAUACUUACUCAGUCACAACCGACGGAUCCUGAUGGAAAGCGACACGAUAUGCAUGGACAAUUCCGUGGAUUCUUGAAGGACGACGGGGACGAAUUUGAAAACGAAGUGGAGGCGCUGGGUCAGGAACUCCGCGACAGAGUAUACAAAACGCUGAAAGAGAGGUUCGGGUUCAAUUCAUUCCGACAUCGACAGAAAACGGCAAUCACUGCUAUUCUGCUCGGUUACGAUGCAUUUGUGCUCAUGCCUACGGGUGCUGGAAAAAGUCUGUGCUAUCAACUGCCAGCCGUUUUGUCUCCCGGAGUUACAGUUGUGGUAUCUCCGUUGAAAUCACUUAUCGAAGACCAGCGGGUGAAAAUGCAAGAUUUAGGGAUUACUUGUGAAGCGUUGACAUCAGACCUGAGUGACGACCAACAGAUGUCAAUUUAUAACCGAUUGAUGCACUCUCCGCCUGAUAUCAAGCUUUUGUAUGUAACUCCUGAGAAGAUCAGCCUUUCUUCAAAAUUGGCAAACGUUUUUGUUAGCUUACAUCGUCAAAACUUUUUGGCUCGAUUCGUUAUCGAUGAAGCUCAUUGUGUAUCACAGUGGGGUCAUGACUUCAGACCAGAUUACACGAGAUUGAAAUCACUGCGACAGGAGUAUGCUCAUCCGAAGGUAAAUUUUGUUAUCGGAUAUUAUUCGGUUUAG